AUGAAGCGCCGCGCUGCGUGGCUGCAUCUGUGUCUGUGCUGGUGUUUGUUGUUGUUGUUGUGGUGGUGGUGGUGGUGGUGGUGUGCUGACGACUGCGAGCUGCGUCGGCUGCCUCGGCCGCCGCGACGACGUCCCCAUGAAGAUUGUGGCAUCUCUCCACGGACCCGCAUUCGCACUGCGGUGAGUGACAUCAUUGUUGCCGUCGAACCUAAUACCAAGGCAGAGGGACUGUGCGUGUAUGUGUGUGGGUGUGUGUGCGUGCGGUGUGUGCUGCGCGGCUGCGUGAUGACUCAGGUUUACGACGAACAACUCGUCUGA